AUGGUCGACUGGCAUUCCCCCGAAGUUCUCGAGGACAAUGCUCUGGCGUUCAAUAAAAGCAUUCAUUGCCUCAUCGGUCUAUACCUAUGGGAGUUCGUCAAUACGCUUGACUUUGAUUGGGCGGUGAUUAGUGGAGAGCAGAAGUUCCGAUGGCCGUUGUUUUUUUACUUCUACGCUCGUUAUGGCAUGCUUGGCGUGUUGAUAGGCUUUGCUAUCGCGUUAAAUGUGACCAAAACGCAUAUAGACUGUCAGGGCCUUUUCCUCUUCAUUCAGAUUGUAGGGAACACCUGUCUCGGAGUCGCGAGUAUCAAUCUUUCCAUCCGCACUAUCGCCGUUUGGGGCGAAAGCCUCUAUGUCACCAUCCCACUUGCAGCGUUGAUCUGCGGCCAGUUUGGUAUCAUUUUGAAAUCCGUGACCAACGUCCACGCGUCUUUCAUUUUUGGAUCGGGUUGCAGCAUUGACAGUUCGGAGUCGACGCUAUUCGCGGCGAUGUACCUAUACACGAUGGGAACUGACUUUAUUGUGAUGUGCUUGAUGGUGUAUAAGCUGUGGUAUAAGCGGCGUCACCAGCAUAGGAGUAGGAUCAUGAGGUUGAUGUUCGUUGAUGGGUUGGCGUAUUUUGCUUUGGCCUAUGUCGAUUUUCUUAUCCCCUCGCAGAUAUUUUCCCUUCUGGAUCUUAACGACGUUAUGAGCGUCAUCGCCGAUGGACCGGCUUCAAUUCUGGCUACGGUAGCUUCUUGCCGUGUGGUUCGUCGAUUAUACCGAUUCCGAAGUCCUGGCGCCGAAAUAUACAGGUCAGCUGCUCUUUGGCUCCUUGCUGCUCUCUUCUUACAUUCAGUGUCAGUGAUGGUGAAUCGUCGAGUGGGAAUAACAAUAGGAUGCAUCCACUAA